AACCACAAGCUGCUACGUUUCAUCACGAUCUCGCUACCGUUUCAGUAUGGCUCUCACAGACUUCCUUGCUGCGUCAGAUAUUACUUCAGCUAUCAAUGCUUGCAGAGCAAACGACUCCUUCAGCCCAAAGAAGUUUUUUGCGAUGGUGGGCUUGUCCAAGAAGUCUCCUCCUGAGAUUGAGAAGAUCUUCAUGAUCCUGGACCAGGACAAGAGUGGCUACAUCGAACAGGACGAGCUACAGCUUUUCCUCCAGAACUUCUCCAAGGGGGCUCGUCCCCUGACAGCGGCCGAGACCAGAGCCUUUCUCCUAGCUGGGGACAAGGACGGGGACGGAAAGAUAGGCUGGGACGAGUUCUCCAACCUUGUCAUGUCUUCAUAAAGAGAGGAAGAUAAAGAAGAUGUUUAUUUUUGACAAUCUUGUAGUUUGAAGACAAGCAGUACAUGGUCUGUGUGAAUCUGCUCAGUGCCUUCUUGGGUUGGUCCAGCCUCUGUCUGUCAGUACAAGUAGUGCAAUAUGCUGUAUGCUAGUUUUGACUAAGGAAAAUAUGAUAUUGUAAACCAAUACAAAUAAACAGUCUUUGGCUUAACACUU